AUGACACGAAAGAAAAUUGCCAUGUACAUUAUAGAGACAUUUUUAACAUUGGGAGCUCCAUUAGAAAUUAAUAUUUCUUUAUUGGAACAACGAAGAGAGGCAUUGUUAAAGCAAAUAGAUGUUAUGUUUUCAAAGAGCAACAAUAGUGUGGAUUUCAAUGACAUUUCUCAAGUCGAGUUAUUUCAUGACAUUGAAAUUCAUUGUGUGAAUGAUUUGACGGAUUUGAUGGGUCGACUCAAAGAUGCAAAAGAAUUCAUUCAAGAGAAGGAAGGAAUUUUUGCAUAA